AUGGAGGAGGACGACGCAGUCCCUGCUGCCGGGGGGAUCGAGGCCCCGGAGGGGUCAAUGGCCCGAGGUGGGUCGGAGGCCCCCGAGGGGACCCAGGCGCCGGAGGGCGGGCAGCCCGUCCCCCACAUCGUUGUGGAAGACGAGGACAGCGCCCCACGCGAGGAUCCAGCCCCCGUGAGCCCCCAAGAGGGGGAGAAGGUGUCGGGGGCAGAGCUCGUGGAGCCCCCUCACCCAGUAGUGCCGGAGGGUCGGGCCGGGCCCACCCCAACGUCCGGGGCGGGGGCCAGUGCCCCCGUGGAGGUGUCGCAGGCCGAGGCCAUCAUGGCGCCUCCUGCGCCGUCGGCAGGCGAGGCAGGGGUCCAACCGACGGCCCCUGGCGCCGCGGGAGACCCCCAAGGAGCGCCGAGCUCCCGUAAGAAGUCUGCUCCUCGGGCGAGGUAG